ACGUGAUACACUCGCACCGACUCUCUGUACUGUGAUAUCGAACCCCGUUUAGGCAGACUUUUGGGGUCCGAAAUGUCGCUCGAAGGGGCUCAGAAUAGGGGCAAAGAUGGCGGCGCCCAUGAAAAUGCACAUGAAACUAGCUUUGACGAAGGAAUUUUGUAUUUGACUAAGGAUACGCUUACUUCGGAUGUCAGAGAUAUCACGGACGUGCAUUCUCUUCAACUCGUGCAAGAUGGCGAUUCUACAGUCAGCAUACGCGGGCUCCUUGCCGGCGACGGCGAAGACUUGGACAGUUACAGCUACGAUCAAACUGUUGUGGACGUCAGUGCAGAAUGGAUGAAAUCCCGCUGCAAAAACCUGGGAAUAGAAUUCGAUAUUGUUGGCGAGGAAAACGUUGGCGAUAUUCUGGGACUGGAUCCAGAAUCAAACAGUCAGUUUCUCAGUGGUGGAAUAUCUGAAGACAAUGGUAUGCUGUGCUCUGAUGGUGGAAACCUCGAGGCUCACAGCAUUUCUUCUUCUAACGAUGCUAAGUGUUCGGACAUCAUGCCACUGUGCAGUCUACCGGACGAUCUUAACUUAAAGACCGAACAAGUAUUGAGUCAAUCGAUAGAUGCUCAAACGGGUACAAGUGGCUUGGUCAUUGGCAGCUUUGGUACAGGUGGGACAAGCGUGUUUGGAGAUCUACCAUCCUCGCUUCAUAGUCACAGUGUAGGUUUUCAGCCAAGUUCCGUCAAAACUGAGCAGAAUUUCGAUGAUCCCAGUGACAUAGGAACACUAACCCAGUCACAUUCACAAAUACAGAACAUUCUUGAUUCCAGCUAUGCAUCUAUAAAUCCUUCCUCUUCUCAAAGUAUAUUAGGUUCUGCAGGGACAAUAUCAACAUGUGUAUCAGAUAGUGGUGGAAUUCUUCCUAAUUUCUUAGGCAUCAAUAGAUCAUUAAGCACACCUUCUGUGAGUGAACUUGGAAUGUCAGAUGGCGACAAUGGGCCAAAUGCAGCUAUAGAGAGUUUGCAGCAAAAUGUUUUCCUAUCAGCAGCAGAUGGAGUGACUACAUCAGUCACAUCAAAUCCGGCACCAGUGGACACGGACCCAUCAAGAGUGGGUAUCAAUGACCCAGGUAAUGUGACACUUGCAACCAUCUCUGUAUCUACAGACAAGGAGGCCAAUUCAACACAAAUUUUAGUGAAUACAUCACAAGGCCAGCAACUGUACAUGAUCAACACCGCUGAUCUCAACCAGGCAACUAGUGCCAUCAUGCCUCUAGCCCAGCCAGUGGACAGCCUGUCCUCUGUUCAAACAUUGACAACAGUACCACAGUCAGGGUAUUUACUCCUUCCCAUUGUGGACAGUGGCUUGUCAGGAACAGUGUUGCAGGGAACUGUGACUUCUGGAGACAAUUUUACAAAUCAGAGACAAAAAACUGGUGAAAACUGGGCAUGCUCAGAACCUGGUUGUAACAAAGUGUUCACCAAGUUGUCCAAGCUAAAAGUACAUGCUAUGCAACACACUGGAGAACGACCAUUUAAGUGUUCCAAACGUGGAUGUGACUGGGCUUUUACUACUUCAUACAAACUCAAAAGACAUGAAGAGUCUCAUGAAGGAAAAAAAGGAUUUUCUUGUGACUAUGAAGGAUGCAACAGAGAAUUCACCACACUCUACAACUUGAAUUCACACCGAAAACUUCAUGAACGCCCAUGCACAGAAGCAUGUCCAGUAGAAGGGUGUGAUCUGAAGUUUCCUACUAAACGGCAGCUAGAUGUUCAUCUACGUGCACAUAACGGGGAGGAGAAAAAAUAUAAAUGCCCAUAUCCAAGCUGCAAAACAGUGUUCUACUCACCACACAGUAUGGGUUCCCAUGCACGAAUACACCACACAGACCAGCAAGAAGAGCUACGUUGCAAUUUUGAAGGGUGUGGCAAACGUUUUGACCGUAAAUGUCGCCUCAAGCAGCAUAUGCGACAGCACACUGGAGAAAAGCCAUAUGUAUGCACAGUUGAGGGUUGUUCAUGGGCUUUUCCUUCCGCUAGCAAGCUGAAGCGCCACUCUGCGAAGCAUCUAGGUUUGCGGAAAUGGGAGUGCCACGUUUGUGGCAAGGCCUUUAUGCGCUCAGAGCACUUGAAAGGCCAUCUUAUCACCCACAGUGGUUCCAGACCUUUUACAUGUCCUGUUGAAGGAUGUGUCACAAGCUUCACUGCCAAGAGCAGCCUUUAUGUACACCUGACCAAACACAAUAAAGAAGGGGGGAAGUUGACCUUUCACUGUCCCAUGGAGGGGUGUUUCAAGAAAUACAGCAGAAAAGUGUCACUCCGAAAUCAUAUAUUCAAGCAGCACCUUUCCUCAUCUGAAGGUGGCAGUUUACAGGGUCUGGCUGACAUUGCGCAGCAACUUGUAGGCACAAAUGAAGAAGCAGAUGGGGAUGAUGAUGAAGCGGAUGCAACUAACACGGGUGAUAUGAUGGGAAUAGAAUCAUCUCAACUAGGAGAGGGAGGGGAGGACCUGUAUUCUAGCCAGCUGACAAGUAUGACUGUAAACCAACUCUUGUCUACACCUGUCACCAUUGAUAUGGAUACACCAGAACCAGACCAUGGAUUGAAUGCACAACCCAAGAUUUCUCUAGGGAGAAAGUGCGCUUUGCUACCAGCUGACGAGGCAAAAAGUGAAAUUUCGACCGAUCCACUGCUGAGUCGCAUUAAGCUUGAGGGCCGUAGUGGUUCAGCUCGCACAGAUUACAGCAGUAACCAUCGGCUUAGUGACUUGGCACGCCGCAGAUGGCACCAGAAACGUGAAAGCAGUCAUAGUUCUUCUUCUAUGGAUGCAGACAUUACAAUGAAGACAGAUGAUGACCCAGAUGACCCUUGUGCUAUUGAACAAGAUUCAUACAUCACUCCAGAAUCUUUGUCUGGCCUCACCUUCAGAGACCCAGAAACUGGAAUUACAUAUGUCCAUACACAGCUGUUGCAGGAUGAUCCACCUCAUUCAGUGCUAUUUAGUGGGGAUGCAGUGGGGCUGGGUGGAGAUGCUGGAUCAUUAGGAGAUGGAGCAGGGUCAAGUAUCAUGGACAUAGUUCCACCUUCGCACUUCACUGGUACUACAAUCAAUUUGCAGGACCUUGUGUAACAUAUGAGGAACAGUUUAACCUGGAUGACAAUUUGCAAUUCUUGUUAUAGGAAAGACACCUGGAAGAUUCUGCUGCUGCAUUUCAAUGAGCACAUUAUACUUAAACUGUUUCUGGUAUCUCUCUGUGGGAACUGCUAGGAUGUUUGGCUGUGCUGAAAUAUAAUGCUAGAAGACAUCUUGCAGGCCUUCGGUAGAAGUAAACAGGUAACAGUUUUGUGGGAACAAAGCUUGUACACACGUGGAAAGUGUGUAGAAUUUGCUCAUUCAGAAGUGCAGUUAACAUUGUAAAAAUUUGUCUCAUAUUAGCUGUGGAAAAGAUCAUUCGUGUUCCAAAUGUGAGUGUCUGUGUAUCGUGGAAGGUACUGCAGGCUUGCAUGAUUUUUGAUGUGAAAGUCUCGGAAUAGCAUGAAAAAGAAGAAAGCAUAUAUCCUUGUGUGGGUAGGUGAGUUUCGAUGUGGGCGCACUUGUUAAUGUGUACAGUGAAUGGAGAAUGCCUGAAUCAACCAGUGGCCUGUGAUGACAAACAUUUUGUAGAGUUGAAUCUGUGAUAAAAAUGUGAAAAUCUCCAUAUAUGUCUUAACACUGUAGGAUGAUCCUAAAGCAUUUAUCUUUGGAGCAACUACACCAUCUGUUUUCGAUGUUUUAAAGCAGUACAAUUAAAAAUUUUCUAGAAAAUA